CCUCCAGCCGGCGAGCUCAGGCGCACGGACCUCCCGCCCGGCUGAGCGCACGAUGCGCGGGCCCGGGCGCCCCUUCCUCCUGGGGCUGCUGCUCGUGCUGGGCGCGGCGGGGCCCGGCCGGGGCGGCCCCGAGCCCCACGGGGAGGCGGACCGGCAGACGCUGCUGCGGCUGCUCCUGGAGAUCAUGCAGGAGCUGAAGAAGUUCCACGCGGGGGAGGCCAAGCGGCUGCAGCCCCCGGGCCCGCGGGACGCCGCUCCCGGCCGCAGGGAGGCCGCCGACUACACGCUGGACCCCGAGGAGCAGCGCGCGGAAAUCGUUCCUCGAGAUCUAAGGAUGAAGGACAAGUUUUUAAAGCAUCUCACAGGUCCUCUCUACUUCAGCCCCAAGUGCAGCAAACACUUCCACAGGCUUUACCACAACACCAGAGACUGCACCGUCCCAGCAUACUACAAGAGGUGUGCCCGGCUGCUGACCCGGCUGGCUGUGAGCCCCGUGUGCAUGGACGGGUGAGCGGGUGACCACAAAGGAAACCACGAGAAGUGCCUUGGAGACCAACAGGGACACAGAACCUACUACCUUCACACACACGCCCCCUGAACAAGAGAGUUAUUUUUGCAGACUCCCGCGAUUCCUUCAGUUUCGUAUGUUGACACUGUUGGGCACCUGACAGUGAACCCGCCUUUCCUUGAGGAAGCGAGCGCGCGCUUGCCGGUCACACCCUGCAAGGACGGAGGCACCUCACUCUCCUAAUUGGGUGAAAUCACAGAGUAUUUCUUUAGAUUUCAAAUAUAGAUUUGAAACUAUAUUUUCAUAUAGCAUAUGGUAUGAUUUAAUAUUUUUGUUACUUUUACAAUUAAAUUCCCAGAUAUUAUUUGGAACUGCAUGAAAACAAUUUUUUAAAAAGAUGACUUCAGCCAUGCUUUGGAGACAGUGAAGUGUAAUCGUGCGCACAGCGAGGUCAGUUCACCUGCCCUUUGUGUAAUAAAUGUAAGACAGGAUCAGCCUAUUGUGUAAUAUGUACAUACUGUAAAUAAAGCAAGUAAUAAAGUGUUUGUUAUAAUAAAAAUCUUAAAAGUGACUUUUUUUCUAACACGUCCAUCGCUGGGAAUGCACGGUGUACAAAUCGAUGAAGACAAUACUGGCAGCAUGCCAGAGACAUGAAAGGCAUAAACAAGCAACACGGGAAGGCUGUGCGUUUUUGUAACCAACAGUUAUCACAGGUAGCAGUGAACGUUUCCACGCCUGCACCUGUAGUUCCCGUGUGACGAAGCACAGAGCAUGCCCUACAGGAACCUUGACUUCCAAGCAGCUCCAGGUUUUUAUAGGCACAAAUCUGACUGGAUCCAAUUUAAAAAGACAAGUGAACUCAGCGGAGUUUCUCUUCACGAACCCUGGUCUAGGGACAACCGUGCGGAGAGCCCUAGGGUUUGAGGACCGCACCUGAGACCGACAUUAAACAUGAAGAACGACAGGCAUUCAUUCUGAACAUAAAGGAACAGGAGAGGGAAAGCUCUGCUUCCUAAGCGAUUCCUGGAAGAUAGGGCGGGUAAAUUUUUGAAGUGCUCUUUUAAUCUAUAUUCUCUCCAGUCUUUACUUUUUAGUAGAUCUUAUCAAACUCUCAGCCUACCCUCUCAAGGGCCUGUGUGGCCUAGGAAGAGCUUUCAUGGUGAGACUCUUGAGGAAUCCUGUCUCCUGCCCUGGCCUCCCGUCUUCGCCUCCAUGUCCCUGCUGCUCGGGUGGGACAGCCACCUGCUCAUCCUCCAGGCACAAGGGGGUUCAGGAUGAAGCACCCAGCCUGGGACCCUCAUGGCGCUGCCGACAGGAGGUCCCCAAAACCCAGGAGAAGUAGGCAGCCUUCC